CAAGGCUGCCAGCCUAACUCCGGAGUAAGAGCGCAAUCCUAACCACGCCUACUCCGAAGCGAGCCCCGUGCAUUUCAAUGGGGCUUACUCGGCUGCAAUCCUAACCCGCUCAAGAUCCCAUUGGGAUCAGUAAGACUAACUUCCGCGUGGACGCGUUUAGGAUUGCGCUGCAACUCUCACGGAGUUAGCUCCGAAUAAGCGCGUUUCAGUUGCAAAGGCUCAACUUUCUUGACGCCGCGCCGCUGCCUUUCCUCUUCUCCCUCCCUCCCUGCUCCGCAUUCACACGAAUUGCGGAGUUCGCUGGAGACGGGGGUCCGGCAGGGGCGUCCCCCUUUCCCUCCAUCUGCCUGGGAAAGAGAGCAGGAAGCAGACGGAAGGCCCGGGCCUGCCUUGCCCCGUCACCAUUGCCCUCCGCUUCGCAAGAGAGCUUGCGCGUCCUCCCUCCUCUCUCUUUGGCCUUGGUAUCUGACAGAGUCGCUCGCCCUCGCCGCCAGCCAGCAGCCAGGGGAGAGGGAGAGGAGGAGGAGGAGGCGGGUAAAGCGGCUCCGGCUCCUGGUUACUCUCUCGCUUACUCAUUGCUGGGCGGUGGGGGAGGGCGCACCUCGUGGUGGCGGCGAAGGCAGCCGCUUGCUUGCGCUUGCCUCACUUCGCCAGGCACAAGUUACAGAACAAAGAAAGCAGCAGCAGCAGCAGCCCCAGCCCGAGCGCGCCGCUCUCAAGUUACUUCUCUCAGCUCCCCGCCGGGGCUGGAGGACCCUGGCCAUUCCGCCCUCUCGACGCCCUCCCUCAGAAACAACUUGCCGGAGAGUUGUUGUGUGGGGGUUUUGGGGUGUUUUUUUUGGUCUCCCACCGCCGCAUUUCCCCCCAAGUUUCUCUUUGCUCCCCCCUCUCCCGUUUCUGAAAUAGAAGGAAUCUUCCAGGAUUGGGCAGAAGGAGUUUCCAGGCACCAAGAUGAAAAGUAAAAAAAAUGCUGCUGUUGCAAUAUCAGGCAGUGAGACAGAGGACGAUGACAGCAUGGAUGUCCCUCUGGAUCUUUCCUCUUCUGCAAGCUCAGUCAAGAGGAGGAGGCGGGGUAACCUGCCCAAGGAAUCGGUGCAGAUUCUUCGGGAUUGGCUCUAUGAGCACCGCUUCAAUGCUUAUCCUUCAGAGCAAGAAAAAGCACUACUGUCAAGACAGACACACCUCUCCACACUACAGGUCUGCAACUGGUUUAUCAAUGCACGCCGCAGGCUUUUGCCUGACAUGCUGAGGAAGGACGGGAAGGACCCAAAUCAGUUCACCAUCUCACGAAGAGGGACCAAGAUGGCUGACGGCAGCCCGGUGGAAUUCUCCAUUGGCACAAAAAACUGCAUUCCACUGAUCGAGAGCUCGUUCCUCUCCGGUAGCACAGGACCAAACAAGACUUGCAAAUCUUCUUCCUUGGGAUCCGUUUUGGCUCGGCCAUCAGUAAUUUGCCACACCACCGUAACUGCACUGAAAGAUGCUCCUUUCCAUUUUGGCCAACCGGGUGGCACUGGUCAGACCCCGGAUGACCUGCAGCGGGCUUCCCCUACCAACUUCACAGACAACGCCCAUCUAUACCACGAGGAUGUGUCUAAGCUGGGACCUGGUACAAAUGCACAGAGUGGGCUUUUCAACACUCCCCCACCGACCCCUCCAGACCUCAACCAGGAUUUUAGCGGGUUUCAGCUCCUGGUGGAUGUUGCACUGAAACGGGCCGCGGAGAUGGAGCUGCAGGCGAAACUCAUGAUAUAAAACAUUCUUCAUAUUUGCCCCCCGGGGCAGGGAUAUAACGGAAAGAUGUGGCAAUUGUCUACAUGGUAUCAAAGACUUAACUGCAUUUUUUAAUUAAUCUUAUUUGCACAAGGGAUUGCUGAAAUGAAGCUUCCUGCCACUGAAGUGGUUUUCAGUGGGAUAUGGUCAUUCCAAGAAUUAUAGACUUAAAGCUACUGUAGAAACAAAAGGGUUUUCUUUCUUUUCUUUUUUUAAAAAAUAAAUGUUUUGUAGUAGGGUUUUUUUUUCAUAAUGUGAGAUGAUUCCCAAUAUCAUGUGAUUUUGUUUUGUUAUUAUUUUCAUUGUUUUUUUUCUCUCCAGACUGUGCAAUAUUUAGAAACAAGAUUAGUCUUCAUAUCAUUCCCACGUGGAACAAAAUAUACCAACAGGCUGUCUUAAAAAACAAAUUCAAGAUUUUAAAACAUGUUUGAAUUUGAAUGAUUAUGCUUUUUCAUGAUGUAAUAAAAUAUUUUCUUUAAUAGUGGA